GGGGCGCGGUUUCCCACAGCCGCUUCCAGCUCCACUUCGGCCGGCGGCGGCGGCGGCUGUGCGGGACCCAGCCCGGAAGCCAGCGAGGGAGGAGGCGAGCGGGCCGAGGACUCUUCCAAGCAAAAGAAUGCAGACGAUAAAGUGUGUGGUGGUUGGUGAUGGAGCUGUGGGAAAGACCUGCCUGCUGAUCAGCUACACCACAAAUGCCUUCCCGGAGGAGUACAUCCCCACGGUAUUUGAUAACUACAGUGCUCAGAUGACGGUGGAUGGCAGGAUGGUUAGCCUUAACCUCUGGGACACGGCCGGCCAAGAGGAAUAUGACCGUCUGCGCACCCUCUCCUACCCGCAGACCAACGUCUUUGUGAUUUGCUUUUCCAUCGGUAGCCCCUCCUCUUACGCCAACGUGCGGCACAAAUGGCACCCUGAGGUCUCCCACCACUGUCCCAAUGUGCCAAUUCUUCUGGUGGGUACCAAAAGGGACUUGCGGAGUAAUGCAGAGGCCGUGAAAAAGCUGAAGGAGCAAAGCCUGGGCCCUACCACACCCCAGCAGGGUACUUCGCUAGCCAAACAGAUUGGGGCAGUCAAAUACUUGGAGUGCUCAGCGUUGAACCAGGAAGGGGUAAGGGAAGUGUUUGCGGAAGCUGUGCGUGCCGUUCUCUAUCCUGUGACCAAGAAGAACUCCAAGAAGUGUCUUCUGUUGUAGUCAGCAAGAAGAGCAUAGCGCAGACUGAAGGCGGGUGUUUGCAGGCCAUCUCCUUAAACUAAUUGCAUCUUGCACUAGUGGCUUUAAAAAGAAAUUUCUUUCAGCAAAUACUCCAGCCGUCCAGCUGCCGCUUUGAGCCAACAGAAACGAACAUACUGGUUCUAGCCUUAAGGAUCAGCCUCCCCGGUUACUUCUCAGUGUCCCUUCUUACAUAAUUCUCCGCCUCGUCUGUGGAGGAGCCUAAAGCUAGGGAAUGCCUUCAAAGCCAAGUGUUUCUCUGCUCAACAGGACUAAGAUACAGACUUUCAGAAGGAGACAACGAUCUGCUUUGCCUUUCACAUCAAUGUUGCUUCUGUGUUCCCUCUCCAAUCGCCUGUCUUACAUGUAGGGUAGGGCUGUGCCUUUCCAGUAGCAGAAUCAGUCUGUCACAGAGUUUUCAGAAGCACCAUACACAUUUUAAAACAUCUCCAUUAUUGCAGGCAGGCAUAAUGACAGGCCUUGCAGACAGUGAGGGAUGAGCAACCCCUACAGGGUCUUAGUAAGAUCAAAACCAGGCUAUGUCCUUUGUGGAAUAUGUUACAAGUCUGGACUAGCUCUGCAUCCGGGGUUAGUUAUUUUGGUUUUCAGAGUUUGGAAAGCUGAACUAUAAAAAAGUGUUCUGCCUAUUGACUCCCACAUUGUUCCCUUUCCCCCAAACACACACUGGGCCUAGAUUAACCAUACUCUGCACUGGCUGACCUCCAGGCACUCUGAUGGUUUUUCUGCACUGGCAUUUCCUGUGUUUUCUUUAAUUAAAUGCCACGAUUACCCUUCAGCCUUGCAAAUGAGUCUUGGGGUGAGAAAUUGCCUGCUAUGCAGGAUAAAGUCUUUUUUCCCUGCCAUCAAGCCUUGUAAAAGCUGUGCCGCUUUGGAGCAGCUGUUUUGUGUGCCUUCUGUUCCCCUUUCGCCCUUGCAGAUAAAACUCAGUAACUUACUUCUAAACAUUCAGGUGUGAGUGCUAUUAAACUGAUGCAUUGAUUUAGUAGAAGCUUAAAUAUUUCUAGGCCAUUGAUACCCAUAUAGAUGCAUAUGAGCAGGGCCUAACAUUGCCUGAAAUAUUAACUUUGCCUUCUUUAGAAUCAAUUAUGCAAGUUUUUCUUUUAGAAACAUGAAUUACUAUUUAGCAUCAAGCAUUUUUUUUCCUUUUGCAACAGUAAGAAACUUGAGCUGACUGAGCCCGUUGUUGGCCAUGUUCAGCUGAUUAAGAAAAGCCUGAUGCUUCACAGCAUCUCUCUCUGGGCUAUGAGUAGCCUCUCCAGCAUGCUCCUUGGGAAGAAUGCUGAGAUGUAAUGCUCUGUUCCCAACCCCCUUUCCAAUUAAUUAUGUUCUGUAUUCUGGCUGCGAUCCUGACGUGCACCAGUGACAAGGAAAUUUUGCCUGAAUGUAGAAUUGUAAUACUUGGGAGCUGUCCUCUCUGCAUUGAUGCUGAUGUCACAGAUAGAUCAGGGACUUAGCCCAGGAGCAAAUCCUGUGUUACUCUCAUCCUCAGCAAGCAAAUCUGACUGGAUUGCUAUAGUAGCCAUGUUGUGGUCUCCUUUCUUUUUCCCUUUGCCCCUGGCCAAGAUUCUGGGCCUGAACUUUUGCCCUACAUCUGACCAUCCUCAGGGUAUGUAGCGAUGACAAACUGUUUCCAACCAGGUUAUAAUGUUAAUGAGAGCUUAGUCUCACUAGCACUGCCAAACGUCUUCUGAAUACGUUCCUGUGCAUCCCUCACGCCUGAUGAUGUGCGGACUGGACUCUCCCUCGGAUGCUGCUGGGGCUGCUGGUCUCCAGGGAAAGAGGCUUCCAGGAGGAGAUGUAGGUUCGAAUGACAGUUGAGGUUCAGGGAGCCUGACAUCGUGUGGUACUUCAACAUACACUGGCAACUGAUUUUACGGUUUAAAGUACAUUUGUAUGGCAACUAACGGAGUUAUUUUUAAAUUAUGCUGAAUGAAAUUGUAAUAAAGCGGUUUCUUGGUUC